AUGUCUGGAGGUGGCAUAGCUCGUGGUCGUCUUGCUGAAGAGAGAAAGUCAUGGCGUAAGAAUCACCCCCACGGUUUUGUUGCUAAGCCUGAUAGUUCACCAGAUGGUUCUCUUGAUUUGAUGGUUUGGAAGUGCAUCAUACCUGGCAAGCCUGGGACAGAUUGGGAGGGUGGCUACUUCCCCCUCACGCUUCAUUUCAGUGAGGACUACCCAAGCAAACCUCCAAAGUGCAAGUUCCCCCAAGGUUUCUUCCAUCCUAAUAUUUACCCUUCUGGAACUGUGUGUUUAUCUAUCCUCAAUGAGGACUAUGGCUGGAGACCGGCCAUUACUGUGAAGCAAAUUUUAGUUGGCAUUCAGGAUUUGCUUGAUCAACCAAAUCCAGCUGAUCCUGCACAAACUGAUGGCUAUCAGCUCUUUGUCCAGGACCCUGCUGAGUACAGGAGAAGGCCAUGCUUCCCAUUUCUGGACCAGUUGAUUGUCAAUCUCUUUAGUCGUGCUUUGCGACAGUCUCCCCCAUUGCUUGUUAGCAACAUGACAACUUUUGGAUAUAAAACCUAUCUUGGUUGCCCGUUAAGAUUGUUAUUUAUACCUCUAGCGAAGCAGAAUGAUAUGUGGAAAUGGGUUGUAUUGAAACCAUGA